AUGUUUGCUAGUUUAGUCUUCAACAUUGAAAAGGCAUUAAAGAACGAAGCAGAUUUUGACGAUGUACUUUCUUUUUCUACCAAUUAUCUUCGAGACCGAUUUGAACCUCAGCCAUUAAAUAUCAGACAGUUAUUUAACUGUCUACAACCAUACUAUUGCUUCAUAAACUAUAAGAUAUUGAAGGUGGUGGUGUCCGUAUUUGUUGAGGAGGCAAUGGAGAAGAAUAUGAGAAAGUAUCACGAAGCACAAACAAAAUGGCUAAAAUCUACAACGAUACAAGAGUUCAAAGAAGCAGUUGAAAAGGCAGCUAGUACAGAAGCAGUUGAUCCAUCACCUAACCAGUGUCUCAUAGUGCUAAGGUUAGAAGGUGAGUGGUUGAAAGUAAAAUUGAAUCAUCUUUGGAGGCUACUGGAGCACCUCUUUGGAAAGGAGAGUUCAAUUUUGACAAAAUUAACGAUUAAAGAAGGAUCAGCUUUAGUCUGCCUUUUUGCUCCUCAAUCAGAAAUACUUUCCCUGCUAAUAUUAUGUAGUAAAAAAUACAAUGAACUAUUCCUCCUUAGUAUUCAAAGUAUUCAGUUUGGAAAUAUUCUUUUAUCUGUUUCAUAUUAUGAUUGGAGGAAUCCUUUUAGACUUGAUUUAAACCUAAUAGGAGCAAUAAAUUACUUCAAGAUUCACAAGAGUCUGUCACUAAUUAGAUGCUUAUUAGAUAUUGGAGCUGAUCCUAAUAAAGAAAUUUAUCUGGGGAAUGAAGGGAUGAAUUCAUUGAUUUUUGCCACUACAUUAAAUAAUACAGAAGUCAUGUCACUGUUAGUAGAGUAUGGUGCUAAUGUACACAAGUUCAUUGGGCCUGAAGGCAGAUCAGCAAUACAUCUUGCUGCUGCUGCUGGUUAUGCUGAAGCUCUUGAGUUUUUGCUCAGAAAAGGUGUGUCUCCUGACCAUCGACUGCCCAGCAUUAAUGGUACACCAUUGAUGUUAGCUUCUUUUCAUCAGCACAGAAAUAUUAUUUUACUUUUACUCAAAAAUGGAGCAAAUCUUGAUAUUCAAAAUAAGAAUGGCAUUAGUGCACUAGCAGGAGCCUGUGAUAAUGGGCGUUAUUCAAUGGCUAAGCUACUACUUGAAAAAGGAGCCAAUCCUAACUUGCAAACAAUAGAGGGGCAUACAGCUUUAGCAUUAUCUUGCAUUAGAAGCAAGAAAGAAAUAGUCAAAUUAUUGCUAGAUUUUAAUGCUGAUCCAAAUAUUCCAUUAUUUAAUGGAUUCACACCACUCAUGUUAGCCUGCCAAAAUAAAGAUUACAUGAUAGUAAAGCUGUUGCUUCAAGCAGGAGUAUCUGUUGACACACAAAAUGAUAGCUUUGGCAGGAAAACAGCAUUACAUAUAGCGACCAUUUUAAAUAAUACUCAACUAGUGAGACUUUUACUUGCUGCUAAUGCUGAUAUUAACAUUCAAGAUACUAAUGGCAUUACACCAAUCGCUUAUGCCUGUGAACAAAGAAAUAAAGAAAUGGUAGAAUGUUGUCUCAAGAAUAAAGCAAACCCAAAUAUCUGUGAUGAAAAUGGAAAGUUUCCAUUAAAUAUUGCUGUUGCAAAAAAUGAGAUUGAAAUUACAGCAGCGUUACUAAACGCAGGAGCUGAUCCUAACAUUGGUAUUGGUAACGAAUCAGAAGCAACACUUCUACACUGGGCAUGUGUCCAUAGUAACAAUGACAUAGUCCAUUUACUUCUCAAAGCUAAUGCCAAUCCCAAUGCUGUCACUACUGAAGGUCAUACUCCAUUGAAUACUGCUGCUUCAAUGGGUUGUAUCAAAGUAGCUGAGAUGUUACUAUCAGAAGGAGCUGAUAUUGAAUUUGAAGAUACUCUUGGCUGGACACCAAUAUUCUAUGCUGCUGCAGGAGGUGAAUCAGAUAUGAUCAGCUUUUUACUGAAACAUGGAGCCAAAAUUAAGAAAGAUAAAUUUGGUGGGACCAUUGAAAGUGUAGCAGCAAUAGUUGGAGGAAUUGAAAUCAAAGGUCUUCUUCAAGAGGCAACCAAAAAGCAAUCAGAAAAGAAAGAUGAGGCAACAGUUAGCAAGGAACAGGAAAGGAAAGAUGAACCCAAAGAAGUAACAAGUACUAUUCUUAUUACACCAGUUGAAGUAACAAGCACUGCUCUUACUACACCAGUUGAAGUAGACACAGAAUCAUCAGAGGAAACAACCAAACCAUCUCCACUCAUCAAUGAAGAUGAUCAACAAUCAACUGAUAAUAGUUACUCUCACUUUCAAAAAAUCCGCACCUUCAUAUCAUCAAGUAUUGGAUCAAUAAAGCAACAAUAUUAUGAUAACACAAUAAAGCAGCUUGAAUAUCAAAUGGAAGCAAUGAAAUCUACUAUAGCAGAACAACUAAAAUUACUUUCUAUAUCUUAAUAUGCAUGCACUCUAUGCACUAUUUUCGUUUUUGUGUAUUUUCCUUACAGCUACUAUUAUAAUGUUUAUGUUCAUACUAGCCAAUAAAUUAUUAUUUUACUAAAAAAACUGAUUUUCUAACAAGUCA